AUGGUUGCUCCAAAGAAACAGAAAAAAGCUAUGGAGAGCAUCAACUCCAAACUUGCUUUGGUUAUGAAAUCAGGCAAAUUUGUAUUGGGCUACAAGCAGGCCUUGAAAUCUCUUCGUCAAGGAAAAGCUAAACUUGUCAUUAUUGCCAACAAUACACCUCCACUCAGAAAAUCAGAGAUUGAAUAUUACGCAUUGUUGGCCAAAACUGGAGUCCACUUUUACACUGGUAACAAUAUUGAAUUGGGUACAGCUUGUGGUAAAUACUUCCGUUGUUGCACACUCUCAAUCACAGAUCCUGGUAACUCAGACAUCAUCAAGUUAAUGCCAACUGCUGCUCAAGCAUAA